AUGGGACCCGUGUGCCACCAGCAGCCCCCCGCGGCCACCCCCGAGCGCGGCCCCAGGAAGGGCGGGGACGGCGCGGCGCUGCCCGGCUCCCCGCUGCUGCUCCUCUUCGUCCUCCUCGCUUCCUCGAUUUCUGCUUGCAAAGGUGCACCAAUGCCGUCCCAAGAACUCGAACCAGAUGAGGAUUUGCAGCUGUUGAAAGAGAUAGAAGAUGCAUGUUCUGCUUACCUGUCCACAGAUUCUCAGCCUCAGGUAUCCAGUACACUGGAAGAACUUUGUUUUUUGAUCGUGGGAUUUCUCCAGAAACCACAGGGUUUAGAUGAGAAAGACAACACCAAAAGGUUCUUAUUUCAUUAUUCUAAGACUCAUGACUCGGGCAACUCAGACAUCAUGUCAUCUGUCCUGCAUCCUUUACUGCAACUCGUUCCUCACCUUAAUGAGAGAAGACUGAAGAGAUACAAACUGGACGAAGAACUUCAAGGACCUGGAGUGAUUCAAAGCAGAGGCUACUUCUUCUACAGGCCACGUAAUGGAAGGAGAUCAGUGGGUUUUCGCUGAGGAGGAUUAUAGAUUCCUGACUUAGAACUAAAACUGCAGGAAUGCUGAGUACAUGGACAUACUGUUUUCCUUACAAUAAUUAUUCGUUAUUAAUGUACAAUUAGAAAUCACUCAAAUGUAAAUAUUCUUAAACCAGAUUCUGUUAAGAAGGUCUUUACUAUCUUGAUUAUAUUAAAAGCAUAUUAAAAUUA